GUCUCGCUCAUCGUGGACCAUUCGACCGUGGCAACUUGAACUGAGUGGUGGAUUUCUCGUUAUUAUCCCGUUCGAUGUCAAACAAAGCCGUCUGGUAGUAAUGAGAAUUUGCAUUUAUUGAUUUUCUGUGCUUAUUCAUCAGAGUGAAAAUAGCAAUUAGUUGCGUGUGAACGUUGGUUUUGUCGUCAGAAUAAAAGUGAUUUGUGCAUCUGUGGAAUAAACUAGAUUUACUACAACCUAAACUAGGUGUGAGAUAAAAUAACACAGCAUAAAAGAUCACCUUAAGUGGGGGGCGCCAACUGUGCAGGAGAAACGCAAUAACGCGAAACAAAUUCAAAGCAGGUUUUUCCGACAAUAUUGUUGAUUCUGUGUGUGUUGUGCAAAGCCAAAUGACUCACAAAAUGAAGCGAAGAAGUUCGAUACGAAUAGACGAAAAUAAAUUGAAGGUGGUCACGUUUUGCAUACUGUUGUGCGUGUCCAAUUUCUUGCCAGCGCUAGAAGCGCGAAAGACGACCAGCAACCGGAGCAAGAGCUCUUCUUCGAGCUCUGGUCGUGUUUCAAAACCUGCCAAAACUCAUACCGCGCAAACUUCAUACAGUAAUCCUGGAUCGUUGAGUUACAGCAACUACCAGCAGAAACCCAAUCCGAAACCAUCAGCACCAGUGGACAACUCAGCUAAUUCUCGACCUAUUGGAUGGAACGUAAACAACAGCCCAGGAGCAAAACCUGCUGCAGCUGCUCCUCCAUAUCCGGCACAUAACGCACCCAAGUCCCCUCCGUAUCCUGUACAAAGCUCUGCUGGGGCGGCAAAGCCGCCAUACCCAGUGCAGCAACAGCAUAAUGUACAUCAAACCCAUGGCGCACCACCACCACCAUACUCCGUGAAUCAACACCACGGACCUCCACCACCAUAUUCAGCCGCGAACAAUCCGAAUCUCAAUUCUCCCUUCAAUCAACCACCACCAAUGUACAGCCCUGGAAAUCAAGGAUUCAAACCGGGACAGCCUAGUGGUUUCGGUCAACCGGGCGGAUUUGGCCAACCAGGUGGAUUCGGUCAACCUGGAGGUUAUGCUCAACACGGUGGAUUCGGACAGCCUGGCGGAUAUCAUCAAACUGGUGGUUUUGGAGGUCAUCAGCCCUCAUUUGGUGGGUUCCCCGCCGGUGGUACUGGUUAUCAUGCUCCUCACGGUGGAUUCCAGGGUGGAGGCGUGGCACCCGCAGUUAAUUAUGCCCCUGCACCUAGUUUCCCGAUAAAUGCUAUUCCAGUCGGAGCAUACAAACCACAGUCCUCAGGAAUUGGUCUUGGUGGGAUAGCUGCUGGUGUUGGUACAGGUUUGCUGGCUGGAGCAGCAGGUGCUGCCAUUUACAAUGCUCUCAAACCAGAAGACCGUGUUAUCUACCGAGACCGUGUGACUGUAGUCGAUGCUAACCCAGGCAGUAACAAUAAUGCAGCCCAAGCUCCUGGUGCUCCAGCUGCACCUGCUCCUGGAGCUCCCGCAGCUCCUGCCGCCGCACCAGUUGCUCCAGGUAUGGCCGCAGCUCCAAUCGCUGGCGAAUCUACAAAUUCGCAAGGUCCUGCAGUGGACUCCAAGGAGGGAGGAGUAGCAGGUGUUCCCAACACUCCAGUGAUUAUGAAUAACAAUUCGACGAACGAGCAAUCAAGUAAUCCUAACGAAGCUUCUACAUCCACGCCACUUGCUCAGUACAAUGAAACGAACCCUACACCGGCACCAACCGGAAAACAGUAUUAUCCACCACCUGGCCAAUACUAUCCUGCUACCGGCCAGUAUGUACCACCCGGUGAAUACGAUCCAGCCACUGGUGUUUUCACCCCUGGUCGUUACAUUCCGGAUACCAAUAUUUUCCAGCAAGGCCAGUACGAUCCACUGACACAGAUUUUCACACCGGGCAGCUAUGAUCCAGCUACCGGCCAAUUCGUCUCUGAUCCCAACCAUGGUCCAGUUAACUUGGGAGCCCCCACUGGGCCCGAUGGAGCUGAAGUUCCUGUAACCAGCCAACCACUGAAUCAAUCACCACAGGAAACUAAUGGUUCUGCUGAAUCUAGAGCAAUGGCUAAAUCGUUCCUGCUAACAGCGCUACCGGCGCUUUUGGCCGCCAUUUCACGUUACUACUAAUUACUUCGCUAGUAGGUAAGGUAAUUGGUGAACAUACGUUGCAUUGAUUACAUGCUCGAACAGAACAAGCUCUCUUACGACCAAUUUCCAUGAACAAUACGCUAUAUGUACAUGUAGGAAAGAAUCUCCUAGUCGAAAUUGCACGUUUUACGUGCUAGUUAAGCUAUUGCGUGGCAUCAGAGCACCUAGUUGUGGAAAAUCGGACUAGAAACAAUAACACUUAAUAAAUUUGAAUCUCAACCAAAUUUCAAUGCAGUUUUGAAUGUUUCCCCUCAAAAAAUCACUGGAAUUACGAACAAACCAGAUCGAAUCAAUAUUGACGUAGUGGACAGAUAGGUAAAUUUAAACUUUGGUAUCGCUUUGAUGCACAUUAGCUUAAUCAUACUUGAAACUGGAAUACAGGUUAUUCACUAUCAAAAUUAAAGAGAAUUGUGAAAAUGUUUCGCCGAUUUCUCAAUGAUUAUUGUAAAGGACUUUGAUAUAAAAAAACAAAUGCAAUUCACAGAUAGAACCUUGUUGAAUUUAAAGUAUCGUUAUCGUAUUUUCAAUUUAUUUUACUUUGCCUAAUCUAAAGCUUUUUACAACUAUUUAAAAAAAAACCUAUAAGUUUCAAACUGACUUUUCUAUGCAUGACAUCAUUGACAAUUAUUAGUCACCAGCAAAUCAAGCAUCACAAUAUAAAAUAGUCUCUCUGGUGGUAGGUAGUAGUUUAUAAGUACUAAGUCACUAUAUUGUCACUCUCUGCAAUAAAGCAAGGAAUUGUCGACGCUUAAUGAUGAAUUACUAUAUAGGUAGCGAUAGGAACACCACUACAGAACAUCACAAUAAUUAGAAGCUAUAAUAACUGUGCUGAUAACAAUCUCACGUUUAGAGUCAAUGAAUAUUCUUUCACGUUUCCAGACAUUUUUUUUACAUGGUAAAUUACCAAUGCCAAAUUUUUCCUUAGUACCAACUUUCUCUCCCUGUUUUCUUCUACACGACAUUCAAACCCAUCUGUACGUGGUAGCUAACUGUUUUGGAUGAUUUUACAAGGCUAUCUUGCCCUACUGGUUACAACCUUUAAUAUAAUGGUAACUUCUAAUCAGCGAACAUGUUAUAAUAUAUUCAAUAGACUCUACAGAGAAAUUUAAUGUGAUAGAUACAAGUGUUAUUAACCUGAACAAAUAAUUUAACGAAUAUGUAACAAACUUUUCACAGCAAAAAUAAAUCUCGAGCGUAACGAUGUAUAUAUUUUAUUUUGAUAAUGACGUAGCAUUUCCCGAUUGUGCAAGGUUUUCGCCUUUAAAAAUGGGAACCAGAUUGAUAUUACGAAGAAUAUGCUGCAAAAACAAACAAAUCGCAAAUAGCCCUUGGUGACGCUUAGGUUUUGCAAGAUUGAUUCUAAAAAGAUAAACCUAAAGUAGAGUCGGCGUUAUUGCGACGGAUAAAAAAAAUGCUUCAUGGUAUUACCAACUCAUAUGGGCGAAUUUGUACGCUAUUAAUGUUUCCGUUAAGUGAAUAAAGUAUACUCUCCAAACCCCACCCAAA